UCUUAAACCCUAACAACCAGGAUGGAAGAUCUUUUCAGUAUUUUGAUAGCCGUUGGAGCGAUCUAUGGCUUUUAUAGGUGGUUCAGCUCAGCUUCUAGCUAUAGCUUACCUAGCAAUUCGAAUGGAUUAUCGAAUAUCAGACAAGCUGAUGUCCAAGCACUAAGAACUUUAUUCCCUCAAAUUGACAAUGCAUCGCUUGUAUACGAUCUCGUACAAACUAGGUCAAUAGAGCGCACAGCUGAGAAUGUAUUGCGGAGGGGUAGAUUAGCACAGCCACCAAGUGGAUUCACACUUCCUUCACAUUUAGAUGUAGAACCACUUACAGAAACAUUAACGGCUUCACGUGCUGCAACAGGUAAGGAUGCUAGCAAUUUAAUAGAAAAGUACCACCUUAAGGAUAAAGAAAGCACCGCUAUAAAUCCAUCCGCUAGUUGGGGUAACACUACAACAGAAAGAGAGAAAGCAUUCAAAGACCGCAAAGCGAAAAUGAUAUUGGAGGCUCGGAAGAAGCUUAUUGAUAAGAAGAAGAGUGAAAUAUUGUAAAUAUGGUGUAGAAAUCAUACAAGUUAUUGUUUAGAUACAAGAGUAGGGGUAUAUUCAUAAGGAUAUCUAACAAC